UUCUUACUCCUGCUCUUAACCAUGGUUAGUACUAACCAGAGUUUGUACAAAGCUUGGAUUUCAUACCAAGAUCUGAAACUAGAUAGCAAUCAUUGCGAACUCUUGUUAGUGUUAACCAGGAUUAAUUCUAGUGCACAUGAACUAUAGUUAAAGCUCCGGACAAAUUAACAUAUGGGAAGGAAGGAGCUAUUCAAAUGAGCUGUCUACAGGAGGGAGGGGGAAAGCUUCCACUUUUGAUUUUAAGCUAGCCAUAUUUCUAGAGUUGGGAGACCAUGGCUUGAGAACAAGCCAGGUUUAGAACCAUGAUUAUGUCCACCUGAUCAAAUCAGUAUUUUCAGGUGCCUUCAGCACCUUCAUACAGCCACUUCACUCCUUUCUUUGGGUAAGUGAUGAAACAAGCUAGGAAACAGCAGCUAGCCAUAGGAACUUGAGGUAAUGGCUUUGAUAUAAGGCAUGGUCUGUGAAUCAGCUUUAAAUCUUGGCUUUAUACGGUGGCUUUUUAAUGAAAAGUGAUUAGCCAUAGUUCCAGUACAGACCUAGUGGAAAGCUGCAUCCACAAAAGAUAAAAGGGGAAGUGUGUGAAAGUCCAUGACUCAGCACACCAUUUUCAUGGCUAUAAACCAUAGUUUUCCAAUGUGUGAAACAGUGAGAACCUGAAGUAUCUCUAUGACCCUCUGUUGUAAACACACAAAGUAAAUUUAGGGUGCUUUUGCACUUGCUAAAAUUUGUGUAACAGUAAACAUUCCCCACGUGCCUUUUGAGAAGUUAUGGCCGUUUAAAAAAUUGUUUUAAAAUAAACUUUAGUUCAGGUGUCUGCAGUUGUAUCCAGCAGUGUUCCAUUCACACAACAGGGUGCAGAGCAAGGCCAAAAUCUGACGCUCUCCCCCAGACCUCAUGCUGCCUUCCCAAAGCUGGGUAAGCGAGGCAUGGGCUUUGGGGAAGAGGCAUGAAGUUCCGGCUGGGUCCUGGAGUCCUUGCUUUGAUACAGGAGUGGAAAGAAAUGAGAGGAAGCUGCAUGUUGGCUGGAGGAGUAGAGACAUCUCAUUUCUGCCCUAACUCCAGCUGCUUUAGAAGAAGGAGCAGGAUGCUUGCUCUCCUUCCCCCCCCCCCCACCUUUCUGCAGAGGACAGGGCCUUGGUGGAAGCCAAAGAGGGCUUUGAGCACCCGAGGGAGGAAGUGGAACAGGAGGUGGCAGCGAAUGAACAGGAGUCGGAGGGGUGCAGUCUAGUUGCCUAGAAUCAGUCACUGACUUUGUGGAUGGGAGGAGACCCACCCAUGCAAUAGAUGGUGCAUUUGCAAUCCCAGCAUUCAUGCAAGGCAAGUGAGUACACCGCACCUGGUCUUUAAAAGCUUUGUGGGUGAAACUUGUUGGGUCAUCUUCAUUGAUUCCUUUGAGUUGUGAAUGUGUUACCCUGGUGCCAAGGCCUGUGUCUGUUAGAGCCUAUAUUGCUUCUUGCUAGAAUAAGGAUCUUGUUCUUACUUAAAAAUAAGAGCUUCUGUUUGCAAGUUUGGGGACAGGAGCUAGCACAUAUAACCUAGGAAGCUGCAGCAGGAAUCCCCCCCCCCCCGCCAAAUCUGGGAUGGCCUUUCCUCCCCUUUGCAUGAAAGGAAGUGCAACACUUUCUGGAUUCAUGCCUAGACACAAUGUCUUGGGGCAGCAUUUGUCUCCUCUGGCAUAAAUGUGUUUACGUUAUAUCACUUGUGGCUGCAUUUUUAACUUUCGGACAGUAGAUGCCAGUAGAUAGCUUUUGAAUUAAAAUAGAAAUGUGGCGAGCGCUGCCAUAGCAACAACUUCCUCUUGGCGAUGUUAUUUAUAGAAAUGCUGCUGCCUCAUCUUUACAUUGCUCUCAUGCUGAAGAGAGACUUUCUGAGAUGCUUUAAAAAGCUCUGCUGGCAAGAUGUAGGAUAUCUGUUUGUUCUAGACUGAUUAUAUAUAUCUAUACUGUAUCUCCCAUAUAUCAACUGUUCUGUUUCAACGGCUAUAUUCAUUAUACAGCAAAUAUCUACUUUAAGCACCCUAGGGACUUGGACACGUUUGGUGAGAUUCCCUCCCCCCUUUUCUGCCUUUAAGCCUCCCUAUGCUAUUUCACAAACUGAUUUGAGAGACCCCUCAGUUGUAAAGGUGUUUGGCAUGAGUGGGGGUGGGGGCUGGCGCUGGUAUUUCCAGAACAUGAAUUCAAAUCCCUCUGGGCACAUGUAACUAGUUGAGCAGUUCUUUGGAUUCUAGGUAUAGUCAGGUUUGUUCAUUUAGCUUGAUGGAUGACUCUGGCCAGGGCCGGCCCUACGGCCAGGCUGGGUAGCGCAGGGCACCGGCCCGCCGACCGCUUUUCCGCCCAGUAGCGCUGCGCGCUGAAUCCACCCACCCGUCGGGCAGCAGCGCCCUCGGCAGCCACACUCUGCCUGCCUGCCCACUCGUCGCGCUGGGAAACGGGGCGGGGGGACCCCAGAGGGAUCUGUCGCACCACGGCGCCAGAGGUGCUUAAGACGGCCCUGACUCUGGCAGUCCUCAUUACAAUUAGCAUAUUAGCUAAUUGGGUAUGUAUACAUACUAGGCUACAUUAUUAAAGGAGAAUUUCACGUUACAGGGCAGUCCAAUAUAUUUUUCUCCAUAAGUAAGUACCAUUGAAUUCAAUGGGAUUUACUCUCAGGUCAAUGUGCGUAGCUGCAGAGUAUAUUUCACUCCCUAUACAGGUCAAGCUAAAAAAUGGUGAGAGAAAAAUUCCUGAGAGUUGCUCUUGCAGUGUAAAAUUAACGGUCAUAACCCUUUCAAUCCAUGUCUGAAUCCCUUCCCUGAAAAUCUAUCUUCCCUGAACACUGGUGAUCCUUUUCAGAAAAGAUUAUCUUACAUGUAUUAGGCUCUUGCUUAAGUUUUUGAAAGUAACUGUGAGUUUUAUGUUGGGAGAUGCUUAAAUAUGUUGGUACUGAUAAACGGUGUGCAUAUAUGUCACAACACAAUCAUCCUUUUUCUAAUGUGGACUUUCUCUGUUUUUUAAAAAUAAAAAGAAUGCAAUUGAACGCCACCUGUGAUAUGUUGAAACUUUUCUAGCAGCAUGUCUAGGUUCUAAAAUUAAGAUUUAUGUUAUUAAAAUUCAUUUUGUGAACUUAAAAUCUCUCUUUCUACAAAUCUCUUCUUAAAAUUAUACCGAAAUUAAUAUUAAUAUUACCUUUACAACAUCUUUUAUCGGUUACUAGGAGAGGAACCUAACAGCAACUCAAAUAGAUUUCAGUGUAAAUACAUGCUUUUCUCUUCUUUCGUUUUAUGCAAGCUUGUAGUGUCACAAGCAGCAAUCAUGUGAAGGGAUAUUUUCAUGCCCAAGGCAAUAUUGUAAAUGACUCUUUAACAAUACUGUAGAAGUUCAGAAAUUUGUGGUAGGGUUGUUGUUGUAUUGUCCUUUAGGAAAGGCUUUCAUGAUUAAUGAGAUAAUAAAAAUGAACAGCAAGUAAUAUUUUUUCAAGAUGGGGUGGCUUUUGCUGUUAGCUACAUUGCCUUCUCCCAUCUGUUCUGGUCUUUCUGAGAUAGGCAAUGGAGAAGAAUAAAGGCAAUGGGCAAUAAUUAGGCCAGUACCUUGUAAUGGGUUGGGGUGAGUGUGAGCAAACAGGCAAAAACCUCUUGUGCGCAGGUGGGAGGGAGAGGGGAGGCCUGCACCCAGUUGUGUGUGGUGAAGGAAGGUGCAAUCCACAGAAGUGUGGGGAGAGAGGCAAGGGGACGUGGAACAUUUCAGGGACUGGCUAAGUCACCACACUUUGAAUGAUUUGUCAACUCCACAGGUUUUCACAAGAGAGGAACCAUAUUCUUAAAUCUGUCUGCAUCCCCAGAAAACAAAAAAGUUAAGAAUGGUCACAGCAAGGUGUCAGGGAAGGGAAACAUAUAGUGUAUGUCCUAAGGUCUGCUUGCCUAAGAGGCAGUCUCUAUGCAUUUUUGCCUCCCCCUCUUAUCUCAGCAUUGAUAAGGAAGAUGGGAGGUAAUCAGGCACAGGUGGACCCUCAAGUUACGUUACCUUCAGGUUGUGAACGCAGCAGACCUGGAAGUGAGUUUGCCGCAUGCGCAGAAGCGCUCUGCACGCUUUGUGCGUGUGUAGAAAUGCUCUGUGGCGGCGUGCGCAGAAGCGGUCCUCCAGUUAUGAAAUUUUCGGCAUAUGGCUGGGCCUCCAGAACAGAUCCCGUUCAUAACCAGAGGUACCACUGUAAUAGCACCAAUAGGCCCCCACUAACCCUGGUUUCCACACCUCGUGAGUCUUACCAGAACCACUAGGUAAGAAUACUGGAUGUUCUUCAACCAUAAGCCCAGAAACUGAGUGGAAUAUCUUGACCCUCCAUGGUUAUUCCAGUAAAGACCUUUUCGUCUUCUUAAGGGAAAGACAACAGCCAGGCCCUUGCGGGGUUGAAUCUGGGCGGGUGCACAGCUUCCGUCUAAUGUACUUUUUCCAGGGGGAUCUCCGAUGUCAAUUGUUUUCCUUCAAACGAGUAAAAGUUGCUAACUAAUUUUUUUAUAGGGUUGUUGGUUUUCCUCUUCACAAUGUUUUUCUGAUGCUCUUUUUGAAAUUAUUGUUUUGAUCCACACACAAACACAAAUGAUUUUGUGUGUGUGGAAAUUUUACAUCUGUGGCUUAGGAGACAUACUUAUUUGCCUCGGUGUAUGAAACCAAAAGUAAUCAAAUGUCUUUUUUUUGGGGGGGGGGGCUCUCACUAUUAGGUUCUUUUCAAUUAUUUUGCUUGUACUUGCAAAGCCCCUGGAUGAACGUAGCCACUGAGUAGGACCUUAGGUGACCCCUGUAACACAGCACAGCAUAGCUCAGCGGCAAGUGCAGCUAUUUAAUUAGUUCCUUAAAAGUUGGGAAGAGGCUUCCUGCCAAGGUUUUUGGAUCCUGACCACAUAUUUACAGUGUGUACAUGCCCUGCAGCAUGUAAAUGCAUUUUCUUUUUUUAGCAUGGAUGUGACUUGCACAUUAUAGGAAUUGAACGACUGUUCAAGUUUUCUAAACAGGAAAUGUUUUGAAAUUUUCUCUUAAUCUGCAGUUGUAAACUAUAAUAUCUAACACUUUUAAUAAACUAAAAGCAAGUUAUGCUUUCUGGAUCCUGGCUUCUGUUAUCUUUUCAAUAUAACAAAACACAUGCUUGUUCUCAUCUCCCUGAGGUGCCCCCCCCCACAAGUGGAGAGUUAAAAUGCAAGCAGUACAGGGUUCCCCCCCCUCUAGUCACCACCCUGAGCUGAUAUCAAGAGCCUUUUGCUGAGAAUAGCUCUUGAAGCUUGGUUUUAUAUUAACAGGAAGCAGAACAGCAGUUGUGGCUUUAGCAUACUGCAUACAGGAAGUCUGACACAUACUUAGUCCUCGGCUUCUGUGCUAAGUUCUUAAGUUGAGAGUUGUUUCUUGCCUCUAACGUACCUUAAAUGUACAUAGAUGGCAACCCAGAAAGAGUUACAGAGCAGCUCGAGCGUGGGGACUGCUAAUGCUUUGCAGAGACUGGAAGGGUUUGCCAACAGACUUUUUCACAGACACUCCAAAGGUUCUCCAAGUGAACUGAAAGUGGCUCUGGAAAAUGAGUCUUCUCGCUUCUCUGAACCCACUGCACUGUGGGACAGAUCAAUGAAAGAGUUCCUAGCCAAAGCCAAAGAAGACUUUUUAAGAAAAUGGGAAAGCCCCCCUCAGAAUACUGCUGGUUUAGAUGACUUUGAGAGGCUAAAAACACUUGGAACCGGAUCAUUUGGCAGAGUCAUGCUGGUGAAACACAAAUCCACAGAGCAGUAUUAUGCCAUGAAGAUACUGGAUAAACAAAAAGUGGUUAAGCUGAAGCAAAUAGAACACACACUUAAUGAAAAGAGAAUAUUACAAGCAGUGAACUUCCCUUUCCUUGUAAGACUGGAGUAUUCUUUUAAGGACAAUUCUAAUUUAUACAUGGUUAUGGAAUAUGUUCCUGGGGGUGAAAUGUUCUCUCAUCUAAGAAGAAUUGGAAGAUUCAGUGAACCACAUGCACGAUUUUAUGCAGCUCAGAUAGUGCUAACGUUUGAGUACCUCCAUUCACUAGACCUCAUCUACAGAGAUCUGAAACCCGAAAAUCUUUUAAUUGACCAGCAAGGAUAUAUCCAGGUCACAGAUUUUGGGUUUGCAAAAAGAGUAAAAGGCAGAACCUGGACGUUAUGUGGGACUCCAGAAUACUUGGCGCCAGAAAUAAUUCUCAGCAAGGGCUACAACAAAGCAGUGGAUUGGUGGGCCUUAGGAGUUUUAAUUUAUGAAAUGGCAGCUGGAUAUCCUCCAUUCUUUGCAGAUCAACCAAUCCAGAUUUAUGAAAAAAUUGUUUCUGGAAAGGUACGAUUCCCAUCACACUUCAGUUCAGACCUUAAGGAUCUACUAAGAAAUUUACUCCAGGUAGAUUUGACCAAACGAUAUGGAAAUCUCAAGAAUGGGGUGAAUGAUAUUAAAAACCACAAAUGGUUUGCCACUACAGAUUGGAUUGCCAUUUAUCAAAGAAAGGUAGAAGCUCCAUUCAUACCAAAAUGUAGAGGCCCUGGAGAUACCAGCAACUUUGAUGACUAUGAAGAAGAAGAUAUCCGUGUGUCUCUAACAGAGAAAUGUGCAAAGGAAUUUGCUGAUUUUUAGUACUUGCUGGAUGAUCAGAGGACAUCAGGGCUUACAUUGGGAUCUUUGCACUCUGUUAACUCAUGAGGGUGGAGCGGAGACCAUCAUAUGUCAAAACAAUUACCUAGUUACUUCAUUCCACAAAGUUGACUGAGGUCUUUAUUGCCAUCUUCCAUGUGUGCAGUUUGCACCAACCCUUAUAACUAGGCACAAUUAAGCAAAGCACUGUUUGUGCUGUAACACAGAAUAUAGACCACUUUUUCCUAAUUACCUUUUUGGUUUCUGUCGUUUUCCUUUGCUUUCUGUGUAUUGUUCAUUUCCCCUCCCUCUUCUUUCUCUUUCCCCCUCUUCCCCUGCCCUUUUAAAAUGAAGUAGCCUUUUACCCAAGAACACUCCGUUUUAUUUUGAAUAAUGCAUUUGUGCGAAUUAAACUGAAGGUGUUUCUGGCUAGUGUGACUUACCGGUAGACCGAAGUGAAAGAUAAGUGUUGCUUCUAGUCUGUGCCAGCCAAUCCUUACGCAUCUGUCUUUGUGUCUGAGGCUACAGUUCAUAGGUUUGUAUUCCCCCCCCCCAAGUAGCUCAGACUAAAUCUAGCCAACACCACUAGCAUUUUUGAAGAUAGUAUUUAUCGCCAUACGAGUGUAUGCUAAUUGACUUUAAACACAUCUUCCUGGAGACUGACCAAACUUAGUAUCAAAAUUGGACAGUUUGUGUAGGGUUCAGUAGCUAGACCCCGUGCCUUGGUUUUCUACAUGCUGGCAGUCUUUCUCCCUGCCUCAUAUUUCUUUUUUUUCCCCUUUCCUAAGCAGUAGGUAAAUAUGCCAUAAGCAUUCUGUGCCAUGAGAAGCACAGUCUCAAUAAGCAGGAACAAUUCCAUCCAGCCUGGGCUUUGGACCAUAUUUAACCAUGCUUAAGUAGCUAUUUAAAUGGGGUUUUGUUUUGUUUUAACACCUUAAAACCCAAAACAUUUAAAAGAUUUGGUCAGUAUUGUAAGAGACUUAAGACUGAUUUAUUUAUUUUUUAAAGUAAUGUCAAGGUUGGGGCUCCUGAAGUAUUUCACAUUUCAACCCUUUUUUUUAUCAAAGGGGGGGAAAGCAUCUUUUUUUUUUUUAGGAAAAGAAAACCCUCUAUAGGUUAUGAGAAUGAAUGGUUUAGCGAAUUGAAAAAUUAGUGUUACAAUAUUGAUGCGUUGCUAGAUAAACCUGGUAUUUCUGUUAGCUGUGAAGAAUAAAAGAAGUAAAUGCCAAGUUUUUAUUCUGGUAUACUAUAUUAGUAAAUCACGGGUGGAGUGCUGCUCCAAUCAUGGUUCCUACCAGCGGCUCUUCAUUCGCAUGGAAAAGAGGCAAAAAAGUUUUCAAAGUGCCACCAUCUGUGAUGUGGUGUCUUCAUUUCUAACAUACUUUUUUUCUUUCAGUGAAAUGGAAUGUACGGUCACACGGAGAAUUAAGGUUUUUAUAAUCUCACCAACUGACUUAAAAAGGGGUAUUGCCGCCAUGUGCUAGCUCCCAGCACUUUUACACUCACUCGUUUCAGUGUGUGUUAACAAUCAGUGGCUCAGCACAACCUUCUUUGUGCUUUUAAAUUUGUUCAUAUACAACUUUUUAAGUCAGGCGCUCAAUUUCUCGGUGGCCUGUCUGAAGAUGAUGAUGGCACAUCAGUUAUGUUUAAAAUAAACUUAGGCUCAUGUUUUAUGAUCAAUUUACAUGCAUAUGAGGAUGAAGUGUUUUUAUUAAACUGAUCUAGAUUGAUUAUGUAGUCACGGUGUUCUGCAGAAUGCCAGGGCAGAUGAGACCAUUGGCAUUGCUUCCUUUUAAUCUUUAUGACACUCCUUUAAGAAAAUAAGUCUCCGUAGACAUUUUUGCGAAAUAAAAUGUACCAUGCAACGUUAUGUACGUCUCUUUAAGUUGUCAAGCAGUUUUGCACAUAUUCAUCGUUAGGAGUCUGUUUGCCAUCUUUGUCCACCCCACCCCAACCCCCCAUCUACGUAUGUGCAAGACAAGGAUACGAUACUUUGCGGUAGCAAAUUUUAUGUAAUAACUAUAUUGUCACAUUAAUAAAUUAAAAGAAAUUAUUUGUAUGAAAAAACAAUCUUUUGUAUUUCAUCUAGGCUGAGGACAUGCUGUUGUAUGCUAGCUGUAUGCGAUUAAUUCUACAGUGACUUUGUUGUUUAUGGACUUUGAAAAUUUUAAUAAAUGCUGGAGAUCACCUUUUCAAUUCUGUUGUGAAUUUUAGCCAGUAGCAUAAUCGGAUAACACAUGACUUCUCUAACGUACCGUAGGUAGCGAGACUUCACUCUGGCUGUCUCUUAAGGAAUGCAAGGGACCGAUUCCAGCAUGUCCAAAAAUUCAACUCUAGGUGGACAUAUUUUUGAAGUACCCUCUUAAUUUCUUUGAUUUAAGCUUAUUUAACUAUUUAACAUGUGUCAGAAACAAACAGUAAAAAUAAAUCCUAAAGCAGAAUAAUAGACUGGAAAUAAUAGGGGUUUGUACAAAAGAUAAGGAGGAGGUCCUUUACAAAGAGUACAAACUUGGCAAUAUGUUACAUGGCCCUGUCAUUUUAAAAAAACACAAAAAGAGAGCCACACGAUCAUGAUGCCUGUAUUUAAUUUCAAAAAUCCUUUCCAUCACUCAAAUGCUGUAUAUUUGACAGUAGAGAUUUGUUAAUUUUACACAAUUUGAGGAAUUAAGUGUUGGACUGUAUGGUAUCUUUUAACUGUACUCUAGUUGUAUGUAACUCUCAUUUUCAACAUAAAGGAUUGUAUCUCAUUAAGUAAAUUGCUUCUUUUAUUUUCUUGUCAGCUGCAUUAAAACCCUUAUUUUUAAAUCCUGUAA